UCACACUAGCAUAGCCGAUUUAUGUCUGCCAAUUGCAUUAGAGUACGAAGACUUGUUCGAAGUCUUCUAAAAUAUCCAAUGGACUUUUCGCUAUUUGUAUUCUUUAAAUACUGGCUGACAACAGCCUUCAUUGGAUUCAUUUAUAAAUAUGAUAAAUCUUAACAGGUUCUCGCAGUAGUGUAGGAGAUGGAGAUAUUGGAAAAUAUGCUUUUUGAAGCAGCAGCUGAAGGAAAUGUGAAUUCUUUGGAGAAGCUGCUUCAAGAAGAUCCAAUAAUUCUUGAUAGAGUUAUAGUUAAUAGUUUCUCCGAUAGUCUUAUACACGUAGCAGCAAUAUUAGGACAUAGCGAUUUCGUGAAGGAAAUCUUAAGACGAAGGCCUGAAUUUGCAGGAGAAUUGAAUUUAUGUCAAUCAUCGCCUCUUCAUUUGGCAUCAGCUAAAGGUUAUAUCGAGGUAGUUAGAGUGUUGUUAUCAGCUAAUCCUCUAAUGUGCCUAGCUCGCGAUAGAAAUGGGCUGACGCCUCUCCAUUUGGCAGCCAUCAAAGGUCGGAUUGAAGUCGUGAAAGAGUUGGUUCAAGCAAAAAGUGAUGCAACUCGAGUGAUCGUGGGUCAAGGGCAGACUAUUUUGCAUUUGUGUGUGAAGUACUAUCAGAUUGAGGCCUUAAGGCACUUGGUGAAUACCAUUAGAGACCGAGAUUUCACAAAUUGUAAAGAUAGUGAUGGAAACACUAUCUUACACUUGGCAGUAGCUGAUAAACAAGUUGAGACAGUUAACUAUUUGCUUAUGGAGUCGGCAAUAGAAGUUAAUGCUCAAAAUCUUCGAGGGAUGACAGCAAUGGAUGUUCUGAUCCGUAGUCGAACAGAUUUGAGGGACGAAGAAAUUAAAGAAUCUUUGAAACAUGCUGGAGCAUUUGGAUCAACGGAAAACAAUUCAUUAGUCCAAAUUAAUCAUAGCACAACUAGUCCAGGCUUGAAUUUGUCCUUCGAACACCAAGAUCGGUCCUUAAACAUGAAAAAGAAUAGUAGAAAAACGAUGUUUAGUCAGAAUGUUGGUUGGUUGGAGAAAAAACGAAGUGCAUUAAUGGUAGUUGCUUCUUUGAUUGCAACCAUGACAUUUCAAGUUGGAGUCAACCCUCCAGGUGGAGUAUGGGAGAAUAAUUAUAAGCUUAACUCACGAGGUAAACCCUUAGGACCUCAGUCUCACAAGGUCGGAGAAUCAAUUUUCGGCCAUAAAUAUCCGAUAGUAUACAAAAUAUUCUUGAUUGCUAAUACAACAGGACUCAUUGCAUCACUCAGUAUCAUAUUAUUGUUGAUGAGUGGCUUACCUUUAAGGAGGAGAAUAUUUAUGUGGAUUUUGAUGGUGAUCACUUGGAUUGCAAUUACAGCAGUUGCAUUGACUUAUUUCUUAUCAAUAAUUGCAUUAUCACCAGAGAAAGAAGAACAUUCAAUUUUUAUUUUGAUUGGGUUCUCAAGUUUUAUAUGGUUUUGCCUCUUGGUUUUCUUACUUAUGGGACACACAAUUCGGUUGAUAAUUAGGAUGGUACGUAAAUUAAUAAAAUGUUUGAGCCCGAAAGAAAGGAUUCAGGGUUCGGGAGUUACAAGUCAUAGCACUAUUUAAGGUGUUGUUAUGUUAUGUUUAGUAAGUUGGAGAGUACAAUAUUGUAUGUACUAAAACUGAAAUUGAAAGUAAAGCCUUGCUUAUUAUAGUGUCUGAAAAAUGCCUUUAACGUUUGCACUAUAAAUAUUAAAUGUAUGACUACAUUAUAAUUUUGUUCCA